GUUCCUUCUCAAGCUUUCUCCUCGUGUGUAUCAUUGUUCUCCGUGUAUCAGUAGCUGUAAAGGUUUCCUCUUUGGAACGAUGUAGCUGCUUACGUUUAGCUGUGAACCAAGGCAGAAAUAGAAGCUGUUCUAACUUGGGAAACCUGUUCGGGCUCUCUUGACCAACAUGGCUUCAGUACGGGAAGUGUCCAGUUUCACUGAAGACCUGCUGUGCCCCAUUUGCCUCUGCCUCUUUCAGGAGCCCCACAUACUGGAGUGCGGCCACAGCUUCUGCGCUCCCUGCCUGGAGCCCUGCAUCCCCACAGGGGAAAGUAGCGGGCUCUGCCCCGAAUGCCGGCAACCCUUCACUUUGCGCCACAUGAACCGAGCCCUCUGUAGCUUGGCCAAGAAGGCCCGGCUUCUGAAGCUGGAUGAAAGGGCUCAGCUGAGCGGCACCGGAGGCUGGCACUUCUGUGAGGAACACGAGGAGCCUCUCAAGCUCUUCUGCAGCCAAGAUGAGGAGCCCAUUUGCGUCAUCUGCCGGGACUUGCCUCAGCAUCGGGGACAUGACUUCCUGCCCCUGAAAAACGCGGUUCAGAACUAUCAGGACCAGCUGAAGGCAUCUCUGGAGCCUCUUGAGGAAGGUCUCAAGCUGUUGAAAAGGAGCCAGUGCCACCAGCAGGAGAACAUUAUUGAAUUAAAGACCUGCUCCAAAUCCUUGUCUGAGCAUAUCUCUGAAGAGUUUGUGAAGAUGCACCAGCUGCUGAAUGACAGAGAGUUGGCUAUAAAACAGGCCUUAGAAAACCAGACGGAAAAGAAGUUGGCGCAGAUGGAAACCAAGUUAAAGAAACUGGACUGCAAGAUAGCCACACGUUCGGAAACGCUGUGUCGUGUACAGGCCGGCCUUGAAUGCAAAGACCACUUUAGUUUCCUUAAGGAGGCAAAAGAGUUGCUAGAGAGGCUCCGUAAGGAACAAGGAGCUCUAGAUGAACCUGAACUAAAUGCUGAACUGGUUGGAGAAGAUGGGCUCAAAGAUGAGUGUGAGAAUGAGACUGAUGAAGAUGUUGAUGAGGAGGAAGAAAAAGAAAAGGAGGAGGAAGAAGAGGAAGAAGAGGAAGAAGAGGAGAAGGAAGAGGCGGAAGAUGGAGUGGUGCCUGUAGACUUGAACCUGGGCAAGUUUAAAGAACAAUUCUACGCCUGGAAGCAGCUCCUGAAUGGGCUACAUCCAGACAAACCCAAACUAGAUGCUGAACUGGUAGGAGAAGAUGGGCUCGAAGACAAAGAUGAGUGUGAGAAUGAGAUUGAUGAAGUCGUUGACAAGGAGGAAGAGGGGAGAGAAGAGGAAAAGGAGGAGGAGGAGGAAGAAGAGGAAGAACAAGAGACAGCAGAGGAAGAAGAGGAGGAGAAGGAAGAGGCAGAAGAUGGAGUGGUGGCUGUAGACUUGAACCUGGGAGAGUUUAAAGGACCUCUGCAAUUCUACGUCUGGAAGGAGCUCCUGGAUGGGCUAUAUCCCGUCCCUGCAAGCAUCACUUUGGAUUGCAACUCAGCUCAUCCCAGCUUGGUCCUUGUGGAAGAAGCCACCGGGGUCAAGUUCAGUCCUGAACGACCGUUCUGGCAAGAAAAGCCAGAGAGCUUCACUUCCACCCCGUGUGUGGUGGGACGGAAGGGCAUUACCACUGGGCGCUUCUACUGGGAGAUCGAUGUUGGGGACAGCCCCAGUUGGAUAGUGGGGAUGGCCAAAAAGUCUGUGGAGCGCAAGAAGCAGCUGAACUUUCUGCCCAAGGAAGGGGUGUGGGCUAUUGAGCUGAAGGCAGAAGAGUACCAAGCUCUGAGUGAGCCCCGUACGCCCCUCUCGGUCUGCGGGCAGAUGGAAAAAGUUGGGGUCUACCUGGACUUUGAAGGGGGGCAGCUCUCUUUUUACAACAGCAGCAGCAGGUCCCACCUCUACACCUUCCAAACUGCCCUUUCCAAGCAUACUUCCAUGCUCCCCUUUCUCAGCACUCAAAGCAACUACCCCCUCUGGGUGUGCGGUCUGCAGCUUUGAGAUCUUAGCUCAAAGUGUAGCAUUGCAAAGAACAGCCUAGUGAAAGUUGAAAACAUUGGGAUGUGUUAGGAUGGCUAUUUUAAGAGAAAGUCCAUGCUAAUCCCUCUUUACAAACAAUUGCUCAAAGAUUCGAAAAGGGUCUCACCUGACUAUUGUGGUCCAUGGUUGUUGUUCUAGGCGCAGAGAGUUCUAUAAGUGUAGCUUUCAACCUGAUCUUUAUCUUUAAUGUUAGAUUUAGGGUUUUUUUAAUAUACAAAAUUUUUGAUGUUGUUUUCUUCUCUUUUCUGUUUUGUAUUUUAUCUUUGUUGAUAAAAGAAAAUAAAUACCUUA